CGACGUUCGACGCCACAUCUCACAAUUCACUUAUUCAGUCUCUCGCCAUCAAAGAAGUAGUGAUGCUGUAGAGGCAAUUUGAGAUGUUCAAUCUACCGCGCUUGCACCAUGUUGCAGGGUCUAUUGCGACGCGUUUCCCGAGGCUUAAGUCAGAAGCUUUGAAAACGUGCACGUUUGCGACACAAAAUGUAUCACCAACACAGCAGCACUCUGUGUUGACGGAUUCAUCUCCGUCACGGUGGUCGGUCCGAAGGACGACGCGCGAUAUUACUGGUCGGCUCUUGAAGAACAACACAAAAUGCAUCAGCGUGGCAGCGCCGCGCGAACCAACAGCAGGAAGUGAGCCUGGGAUCGACAUCACAGAUGAAGAUGCGUGGCCCCAAUGGCGCCAGCGGGUGCAAUCUCAAAUAACUGCAGUGGACUUCUCGAUCGAUAGAAUUGAAAAGUAUGAGUUGAACAACGAGACGCUCAGGGACUUCUUGGAUAAGCCUCGUGAUGACUGGGUGACUUGCCGGUGGAUCAACGUUAAUGGACUUAACUGGGACGUAGUUCGGCUUCUGGGCGAAAAGCAAAACUUGCAUAGUCUGGCUGUUGAAGACCUAUUGCACACGAGAAAUCGUACAAAAGCGGAUUGGUACCCAGAACACGUCUUCGUUCUUCUAACUCUGCAGCGGUUGAUUCGCAAGAACGGAGGAAUCACAAAUGGAUCACCACCGCAGACACCGUAUCCGAGACACCUUAGCACAAACAGCCCAGCGUAUCGGGAAAAGCAUGUACCUGCUGAAUACCGACAAGCUGUCAAGACAUUACAAGCUUAUCGCACUGAUGCAGACCCUGAACGAACACGCUACAUGGAGGAGCACUCGACGCUUAACCCUAAAGGUCUUAUGGUCUCCGUGGAACAGGUGUCGAUGUUCCUUCAGAGCAAUAACACGUUGGUAUCGUUCUUUGAGCACUCUGCAGACGUGAUCGAGGAGCCGAUUUUGAAGCGUUUGUCAUCAGCUGAGACAGUGUUGAGGCAAAGUGGCGAUGCCAGUAUGGUCAUGCACGCGAUCAUCGACGGUAUCGUUGACCUUGCCAUUCCCAUCGCUACGGCAUACGAAGAUAGUAUAGCUGAACUUGAGCUGGAUGUAUUGACGGAUCCAAGUAUCGCACACUCAAAGGCCCUGUACAUCCUGACAUCAGAGCUCUCCCUCCUCCGCUCCCAGAUCGCUCCGAUUACCAGCCUUGUCAACGCCCUUCGCCAACACAACUCGAAUGCUCUGGUGCAGACGACCAACUCCUCCCACGAACCCUCAUCGUCUCACAUCGCCAACUCUCCACCUCCAUACACACCAAAGGACCCGUCAACAGCCUCUAUCACCAUCACAACACUUGCGCACACCUACUUCGGCGACGUGGAGGACCACUGCAUCACUGUCACAGAAUCUCUCGAACGCAUGCGGCGCUCCGCAGACCGAAUGAUCAAUCUGAUAUUCAACACAAUGGGCGCAUAUCAGAACGAGAGCAUGAAGCAGCUGACCUUCGUUACGAUCCUGUUCCUGCCAAUGACGUUCUUGGUCGGGUACUUCGGAAUGAACUUUGAGGAUAUGCCAUGCCUCAAGAACAGCGAUGCGUACUUUUGGUGGCUAUGUAUACCGGUGACGGGCACCAUGGUUCUGGUUUUGAUGCGCCAACAUGUCUGGCGUGGAUUUACACGGUUCUGGCGGCGGAGAGAUGCUGCGAAGUCGCGUAGAGCGAGGUGUCUGAAGGAGCAGAAGUGGUAGCGUCCUAGUUGGGCAUGUGAACACAGUCGGUGAAAAUUUUAGUCAACGGCCAACGCCACGAAGAGCCUCAACUGACAACUAUUGGCAAAUUCGAGGCUUGCGGGACAGACAUUUUGUUACCGAAUCUGUAAGAUAUUGCUGUCUACUUCCUUCUGUAGACGAUAAUGCGCCUUGCAUACCAGUAAGGCAACAGAAACAGACUCCAUGACCGGAAGGCCGGCACCUGGGAUAGACUAGAACUAGCGACGAUGAC